CAUAUUUUCAUUUGUAUAUAAUUGUAAAUACUUAUGUCAUUUAAAAUACUUGUACAAGAAAUUAAACGUUUUGUUUUUAUUUAAUAUGAUAUCUGAUUAAGUACUUUUUAUUAUACUGCCUAGUGCCUAUCUAUCAAUUGUUGUUUAUAUUAUUUAUUAGAAUAUAAAAGCCCAACUUUGUGUAAUUGAAUGGAAACUAAAAUUUACAUUAAUGAUUCUGGAAAUUCAGAAUUAUUACCUAGUAAAAAGGAAGAAUCAUCAAGAAAACUUCUAUGGGUUGAUAUCAGUCAUUUUUCUGAACUAUGGCAAUUUUUAAUAUGUUCAUUAGUUGUGUUCAUUUUUUUUAUACCUUAUGGAUACUUACAAGAAGCAAUAUUUGCAAUUAAAGGUUUUAAGCCAUUUGGAUGGUACCUAACUUUGGUACAAUUUUUUAACUAUUCAAUAUUUGGAUUAAUAGAAAGUCAAUUCAAUCGUACACAACGAAGGAUACCAUUAGUCUUAUAUCUUUUAUUGGGACUGAUAUUAUUAGGUUCAAUGGGGUUUUCAAAUGCUUCACUUGGUUACUUGAAUUACCCUACACAAGUUAUAUUUAAAUGUUGCAAACUGAUACCAGUCAUGGUUGGUGGAAUAUUAGUACAGCAAAAAGUGUAUAAAGUUAUUGAUAUUGUAGCAGCAUCAUGUAUGUGUGCAGGAUUAAUAUUAUUUACCUUAGCUGAUAAUAAAGUUUCUCCAGAUUUCAAUCUUAUAGGUAUAAUUUUGAUAAGUUCUGCAUUAUUUUGUGAUGCGCUUAUAGGUAAUUUUCAAGAAAAAAUGAUGAAAAAACAUAAUGCAUCUAAUGCAGAAAUUGUUUUAUAUUCCUACUUUGUAGGAUUUUUAUAUUUGUUAUUUGUAUUGUUAGUAAGCGGACAACUAAGAGAUGGGACAGAAUUCUGCAUUCAGAAUCCAGUGACUUACCUAUACAUAUUUUUGUUUUCACUUUCUGGAUUUUUUGGAGUUCAAGCUGUACUUGCUUUGAUUAGAACUUGUGGUGCUUUAGUUGCUGUAACUGUGACUACGUGUCGAAAAGCUGUAACAAUAGUGAUAUCAUUUUUAUUGUUUUCAAAGCCAUUUACAUUUCAAUAUGUUUGGGCUGGAUUACUAAUUGUGUUAGGAAUUUAUUUAAAUGUUUUGGGAAAAACCAAUCAUUUUGACUUUAAAAUGAUUUUUAUGAAUUCAAGUAAAGUAUUUGGAAAUUUAAGGAAACGAAGAAAAUCACCAAUGAUAGUUUGAUUUCUAGGAUAAUAAUUUACUUAAAUUAAUUAAAUUAUAACCAAGUAUUAUUGUUUAAAUCUUUU